CUGUCUGCUACAUAUUACCGAGAUAUUAGCAACAAUCAAAAUGUAAAAGGAUUUUUUAGUUGCAUAAGCAUAAAAAUUCCCAAAUAUAUUGCCUUUGAUGUAAACACAGACCUAUAUAGAUGUAGCUGAAUGGGUGUAAAUUUGAAAGAAACAUCUGCUGUAGAUGUGCUAAAUACCACUGAUAUUACACUUACUUCUCCCGUGACAAAGGGAGGUAACCUAGGUAGAAAUGUCAAAAAUGGUGAUGAACAUUUUCAUGUUGAGGAGCAUAAACUUAAUUCUAAGGUCCCGAACCAUAACAAGAUCAUCACAUCUUUGGUGGCAGGAGCGGUAGCUGGUGCUGUAGCCAAAACUGUAAUCGCACCAUUAGACAGAACAAAAAUAAAUUUCCAGGUAUCGAACAGACGGUUUUCUUUCAAAUCAGCCAUUAAGUUUAUUUUCCAUACAGUAAAACAUGAAGGUUUUAUAUUUCUAUGGAGAGGCAAUUCUGCCACAAUGUUGAGAAUUGUUCCAUAUGCUGCAAUACAAUACACAGCCCAUGAACAGUAUAAAAGAAUGCUUAACAGAAACCGACGGAAAAAGCAUUUACCACCACAUUUGAGGUUUUUAGCUGGAUCGUUAGCCGGUGUAACAUCCACAUCCUUAACAUAUCCUUUAGAUCUAGUCAGGGCCAGGAUGGCUGUCACAGAGAAAAAUCUGUAUUCUAAUUUAUUUCAAGUGAUAAUCAAGACAUAUCGUCAGGAAGGAUUUCGGACAUUAUGGCGAGGGUAUCUGCCAACAGUUUUAGGCUCAACUAUGUACUCAGGGACUAGUUUUUUCACGUAUGAAACACUGAAGAAACAUCAUGCAGAAUAUGCCAAAGGAGAAGAGCCAAAGCCUAUAGAGAGAUGGUGUAUGGGUGCUGUAGCAGGGUUUGCUUCACAAUCUCUAUCCUAUCCAUUAGAUAUUGUUAGACGACGGAUGCAAACAGCUGGUUGUACGGGUCAUGUCAAUGACUACACUGGUAUUUGGGUGACUGCCACAAGUGUAUACAGAGAAGAAGGAAUUAUAAGGGGAUUAUAUAAAGGCCUAAGUAUGAACUGGAUCAAAGGACCUAUAGCUGUUGGAGUUAGCUUUACUACAUUUGAUAUUACUUUACAAUGGCUACGAAAACAAACAAUUUUUCACAUAGAUGAAUAAUUUGAUAAAUGUUUUAGCUAAUAUAUGACUGCUGAAAUGUUUCAUUCCCAAAUUGACUUAACCAGAACAUGAUUGAUAGUGUAAACAGUGAACCAUCUCUUUCAAUUUUUAGAAUACUUGUAUGCAUCAAUGCUGGAUUUAAAUUGACAUAUUCCUGUUCAUGUUUUAGAUUUAAAGGGAAAAAAAAGAAUGUGUGUUGAGGGUUUCUCCGCUAAGAAUUUUCAAGGUCCAUAUGUUAUGAUAUUGAAGGGGAGUGGGUUUGUCAUAGAUAGAUGUUUGGACCUAGUAAAAUAUACAUAUCAUUUUAUCAUAAGUUCUCUUUUGUAAUCUACCAAUGAACAAAAUGACAUUGAUUAACUUGGUUUACAUCAUCGUCUCAUAUUAUGAAUAAGAAAUUACAAUAACUUAUAUUGGUCAAAAGUUAAUUGUGAAGAAAUCUUCACAGAAACAUCAAG